CUUUCCUUCACGACAACAUCACAAGCAAAGCAAAUAAUGUCUAUCCCUACUCAGCGCCGCCGUCACUCGGGCUCGGCCACGACCCUCCCUCCUGUCCAGCCCUCGACAGUCAAGGCCGCAAAAUCCAUACAAUAUACUACAGUCGACCCCAUCCCCCGUCCGAAAUCGACCCCGGUAGACGAGCGCGACAAGCCUCGGCAGCGCAAGCGCGUCUACGACCUCGGGAGCAGUGGGAGCAGCGAGAGCGACGACGAGGAGACGAUGGCCGUCGACGAUGCUCCUGCUCCAGUCCCAGUCCCAGCUGCAGCCGCGCCCGACCGGCAACUCCCGCGCAAUUCUACCCUGGACGCCUCCACCAUCGCACUCGACACCACCAACGUCGCACGUCCCACCCGGCCCCUUCCCUCUUCAAAGUCCAGAAAGAUGCUUCACAAUCCUACCAUGCUUCCCGAACAGGCCCACGUCCCGCGCGGCCCGAACGCUGCCGCCCAGCGACGACUUUUCGUUAUCCUCGAGCAGGCCUGUCUCGAGGCCUACAAAGUCGGCACCGUCACAAAGGGUAGGAACGGCAGGGAGGGCGAGGCCAAGUAUGCCCUCCUCAACUGCGACGACCAUCAGGGCAUCCUCGCCAAAACAGGCAGGGACAUCGCGGAUGCCAGGCCGGAUAUCACUCAUCAGUGCCUCCUCACCCUUCUUGACUCGCCAUUGAACAAGGCGGGACUUCUUCAAGUGUACAUUCACACCGCCAAAAACACUCUCAUCGAGGUCAACCCCCAUGUGAGAAUCCCGCGGACGUUCAAGCGGUUCAGUGGUCUCAUGGUCCAACUCCUCCAUAAGCUGCAAAUCCGUGGCGUCAACGGCUCCGAGAAACUCCUCAAGGUCAUCAAGAACCCAGUCACGGACCACCUCCCACCAAACACCUUCAAAAUUACCCUCUCUGGAGACGCCAAAACGACCCGUCUCUCUAAAUACCUCCCGACCAUCCCCGCGACACACAACAUCGCAGUCUUUGUAGGCGCCAUGGCCCGCGGCAGGGACGAUUUCGCGGAUCACGUCGUGGACGAGAAGAUCAGUAUUAGCGAUUAUCCGUUGAGUGCGAGCGUUGCUUGUGGGAAGUUCUGCUGCGCCCUAGAAGAGCUCUGGGACAUCGUCUAAAGGCCGAUGGCGAUCCUACGCUCGACCGGCCUCUCCCCCACAAAGCGCUUUCUACCGGGUUUUCUUUCGCUGUAUCCGCUCGCUCUCCUGUACGUGUAGUAUCCUAAUCCUGCUGCCUCUGUUCCGUCCUGCUUGGUUCGAAAAUAGCGGCCGUACUCAGACGUUCCGUGCGUCGCGCAGUGCCUUCUUCCGACAAGGCGCCGCGUCCGUUGGUCAUGGUCUGGUUCCCGCCGCUCUACAACUCAUCUUCUACUGUCUAUAGUUCUCACUUCUUGUUGAAUUGCACCUUUUGGUUCCGCUUUGUGCUUCUUCUUUUCUUUUCUUUUUUGCUUUUUGGCGAGCCCGAGUGCGUAUUCAACCUGCGCCUGGGCGAGCCCUUUAACUUUAUUAUCUUUGGUCCGUCUUGUACAAUUUCUUGCCUCGAAUCAUCCCACCCACCUCCUCCGUACGUGUAUGCUUGCCGUCUGCGCCCUUUCCUCCCUCCCUUCCCAUCCGUUCACAUAAUCCUCUAUCCCUCCGCACGAUGCACGCGUAUACGUACCCUCCCCCUCCCGUCCCACCUCACGCCAUGCCCGCCACGAACUCCAUCUAUGAUUCGAACAUCACAACCACCUGCUUAUGUAUUUGUACACCCCUGGGACCUUUUCACGGCCACACAUGACUCUACACACAGUCUCUGUCACACCACACCACACCAACCCCUUACCCG